CCUGAACCAAUCCAUAGGUAAACACGUAGCAUAAACAUUUUUUUUUGCAAUUUUUUCUGCGUAAUUAACUGUAUCCAGUAAUUGAUACAACACAACAUAUAAUUCAUUGAUACUAACAGUACAUAAAAUAAAACCACAUAAAGUAAAACGAACUACAAGAUGCCAGGCAUCCUCUCGUGCUUCGGACCGAUGGCUCGGAAAGAGCCUCAGUCCCCGAAAAAGGUUCCAUCGUCUUCAGAAGUCGUCGACCUCACAGAUGUCGAUUUGAAAGUUAGAACAGUGCCAACCACGCCGUUUACAGACCAGAAACCAGGCACCUCUGGAGUUAGGAAGAAAACCCGACAUUUUAUGCAGGAACACUAUUUGGAGAAUUUUGUGCAGGCGACUCUGGAUGCGGUGAAGGGUACUUAGACUUGAGAAAGAUGUUCCUGAGAAGGGUUGUAGCAAUGCUUCGUUUUCGUUCAUCUUCAGAAGAAGUUGUUCUUGAUGAACAAACACAUGAAAAUGUGCUCAGUUUAUCGAUACAACUACUUUGCUUCCCUAUGAUCUCGACUACCUCUAGGUUCCGGCGCGACUAUGGACACAAUGAUGAUCGCAUCUGACGGCAGAUAUUGGGCACCAGAAGCUAUCAAAAAAGUGAUGCAAGUUGCUUUCGGGAAUGGAGUACGGGAAAUCUGGGUUGGACAAAUGGGGCUAUGCAGUACACCUGCAGUCAGUGCAGUCAUCCGACAGAAUUUCAAAUGCUUCGGAGCAUUCAUCUUGACAGCUAGGUGUAAUUUUGCUUUUUUGUUUCCCUUCUGUCUUAAAUGGUGAUAGGUUAGAAUGAAGAUGCAGUGACUAAACAUGAUAAGUUUCUGCUUGGGUAGUUUUUUCUCAAUCAAGCAAAAUAUUCCUUGUGAAUGUGAACUUUGUAGGAUGAUGAUUUUGCAAAUUCAUUCCCAACAACAAUUGCACAGUCACAAUCCCGGUGGUAUCGACGAAGAUUUCGGCAUCAAAUAUAACGGCGCAACAGGCGGCCCAGACGAAAGCGUUUAUCAGGUCAUGUACCAAAACACGCUCAACAUAGAGCAAUACUAUCUCGCAGAGAGUUUAGGAGCUACGCUGGGAGGUACUUUUUCCGUUUUGCCAUGCUACAUUUUUUUACCGCGUAGAAGCUUACUAGAUCUGAAUAUGAUGUUCUUGGUCUUAAUUGUUGUGGUCCUAAGUAUCGUGUACUGUAGAUGAGACCUGCAGAGACUACCUGAACCUAUAGCAGUUCUUGUAUGACUCCCCUCCCUCUACUGUCUUCACCCCAGCCGGCGACACUUCCCCUUGGGAGACUGCUGGACGAGAGUACCGCUUUGGCGGUGACAAAGUCGUCAAAGUGAUCGACACAGCCGCGAUCCAUUGUGAACUGCUGGCGAGGAUAUUUGACUUCCCUCUGAUAAAACGCUUAGUCAAGCAUCCUCAGUUCUCUGCGAAGUUCGACUGCAUGUGCGGUGCCCAAGGACCAUACGCGAAGAAGAUUCUAGUCGAAGAACUCGGCAUAUCUGCAGAUUCCAUACUGCGCGGGACACCGCUACCAGACUUCGGUGGACACAGCGCGCCACAUCACGGUCAUGCGGACCCGAACUUGACGCAUGCGCAUGACCUGGUAAACAAGAUGGGAUUGGACACGGAGGGGAAAAAGCUCGCAGGACAAGAUCCAUUGACCUAUCCGUUUUAUUAUGGUUCGUUGGGGACUCUUUGUAGUACUAGUAAAGUAAACGCUUGAUGAUUCUCUCAAAGCACAUAAGCCUAAAACAAAAGAUUCCCCUUUCAUUCCUUUGGCGGCGCAUGGGACGGUGAUGCAGAUCGAAAUAUGAUUUUGGGAAGGCAGUUUUUCGUUAUCCCGUCCGAUUCAUUAGCGUUUAUAGUCGACCAAGCCGAUUGCAUUCCGUAUUUCAAGCAGAACGGCGGCAUCCAGUCAGCGGCGCGCUCCAUGCCAACAUCUAGAGCCGUGGAUGUUGUGUGCGAGAAAAAAGGGAUUAGAAUGUACUGUACUUCUUAUCGUAUGAUCUAUGAGCAUCAGGAUCAACUUUACUUCUCCUUAACCACAUCGUUUUUUCGUCUCAAGGAACUUCGAACUUGUUGACCUCACCUCUUCAAGUAGAUGCUUUCAUCCCAAUCUCAUCAAAAUCAUUUUCAGGUUCGAGACUCCCACCGGUUGGAAAUUUUUCGGCAAUUUGAUGGAGAGUGGUGACAAUGCAGCAUUCAAAGACAAGCCAACAUAUAAACCACUAGUAUGCGGAGAGGAGGCAUUUGGGACAGCAUCAUGUCACGCCAGAGAAAAAGACGGCAUGUGGGCAGUGCUCUGCUAUUUGCAGAUAUUAGCGGUGAAAAACGAAAAGAAACUUGAUGGUAUACGCGUUCGGAUAGGUGAAGAUUUUUUUGAGGUACGCGAGGACUGUAUACUAUAGUUUUUCGAGCAAAAUGAAGUGUCUGUAUGUCCACAACAAGCUUCUCCCUGGCAUAUGGAAAAUUUUGAACAACUACUGAACGACAUUUCGUUGAUCAACAACAACACCCUAAUAUCAACCAACUUCCAGUUCCCGAUGCAACGCUGACAAGUAUGGAGGACCUUGCGAUCGCUCAUUGGCUAGAGUACGGACGACACUUUUAUGCACGAUAUGACUGGGAGGAAGUCGACAGCGACAAGGCGAAAGCAUUUUUUAUUAAGGCUUUUGUGUGUUGCUGGUAAAAGUUGUAUGCAUCGAGUAAAAGUAGGCCAAGAGCAUGGAUCGUCUUCUUUGAUCUUCAUCAUUUUGAUGAUCUCAAAAAGGCUUCCAUCUGUGUCCUGCAUCGAAGCAUAUUUAAAGCAUUCCUUUCCUCAAGGUCGUUUCAGUGUGACUGUUCUUUGACGUCGAAAGGCGACCGUUUCUAAUUUCACCAGUAUGGAAGAGCGAUUAGAAGGUAUGGCAGGCACUUGUAUGGACGAAGAGCUUUUUGCGCAUAAGAUUGAGAAAGCGGACAACUUCUACUACACAGAUCCCGUCGAUGGCACAAAGGCCAGCAAUCAGGGACUUCGGAUCUUUUUCGAGGAUGGUAUAAACAAAAACAUUUGAAUUGCAUUGUGUCUCCCACACAUCAAACAACACCUCGCGAACAGGUAAAUGAAUGAAUGGCGUCAUGUAUUACUGUUUCGACCUGAGUGAUACUUGUCGACGAAGAACUAGAGCAUCACUGUCAGCACGCACACAUAUAAUACACAUACAGGACAGUUAACAAGUGUGAAAUUUUCUUGAUACACAUACUGGAUAUCGUUUCGUCUCCGAUAUAGUAUUUAAAUGUAAGGCUAUGUGAGACUCCUGCCAUGCCAUUAACUAAAAACUACAGGUUCCCGCAUAGUUAUCCGUCUUUCCGGCACGGGCGUUGUCGGGGCAACGAUUCGCGUCUAUCUGGAGAAAUAUCUGAAGUCUGCGAAUGUGGAGGAUCUCGUAAAGUUAUGGGGAACCUUUAGUGUCUGUGUCCAUCGAUCACUAUCAUCUCAGCGUCAUCGUUUUUGUACUAUCGAUCCCUAGAUGCUGUUCAUCUCAUAGAAGAAUUUUAUCAUCGAUGACGCCUCAACUACGAAAUGCAGUAGUGCAAAGAGUCGUCGUAUCUAUACAACGGGGAAACAAGUAGGAAGCUACAGACGAAAUGAAGGAAACUAGAACUGCACUGAGCUGGAAGAUGAAUUCACUCACAUUCUUCAGUAGAAGAGUCUCUUCUAAUAAAGAAUCAUUUGGACGAGGUGAAGGCAAUGGGUGCUGCUAUGGUAAAGUGGAGUGGAAUCGCAGACUUCACCGGAUCCGCAGAGCCGUCGCUCCGAACAUAAUGAGUAACUGUGAAGGUAUAAAAUCACUCACCGAAUACAAGAGUAACUCCGGGUAGUGGGGUACUUCCUAAUAGUUGGAAGUAGGUGGUACGUAGGAGGGUUAGGAGUGGGUAGGUGGGUACUUCCCAGUUGGUGCUGGAAGUUAGGAGUUACUUUUUUCGAAUUUUUGUUGGGGAAACUCGAAUUAGGUGAAAGGUGGAGGAGUUGUUACUUCUCUUGUAGUUGGGUGGAAGCAAUUUCAGUGAUUUUCUUCUUGUUGAGGACGGAAGGAAAGACUAAGACUGUACUAAACACGUGAUUACGAGACGAAGAAGUGAAAUCAAAUUUUUGACAUCAAAGCGAAAGUCACAAAGAAUGACAAAGAGCAAGUGUUAGAGAUGGAUCAUUCGAGUUACGUGAAUGUGUAAUUAUUUUCAAGGGUGAAUCUACCUAUACAAUGACAGAGAAAUCAGAGAUGGACGAGAAAAGCAAAGCCAGAUAUUAAGUUGUGUAUUGAUCAUGAACAUGUAGUAGUAAAAACGCAAUCUUAGUAGGUAGCAUCAAUGAAUUAAACAAGAACGUACUAGUAAUUCCAAGACAGGAUAGGACCGAGUCUAUGUCUAAGUGAACAAAACCCGCUCAUUGUACGAUAGCGACAGAUAAGAACCACAAUUGAUCGCAUUCAUAAACUUACUCGAUUAUUAGUUCCAACAAGAAGAAGUAGAAGAUUUUUCUGUAUUACACCUGUGUUUCUGUUUUUUGAUCGAUAUUUAUAUUGUACCAAUGUUAAAGUUAUUAAUGAAAUUUUUCCUGCUUCUCACCACGAGGACAAAAAAUUUAUGAUGUAUGAGUAGGACGCACCAAGAAGAUCUCCACGACUUGAACGAGAGGCCUGGGCACUUGAGUGGAAACAGGUGGGCCCCGUCGUAAUUAAGAGUGCUCCUGCUGCUGUAGAUUGGGCAAGAGUUCUCGUUAUAGUUCCACAAAAAGCGCGACCAAUAGCCAAGUCCGCUGUCGUAGUUUUCUUUUGUGUUUUGACGAGCAUGGCCUUCAUCUUUGCGCGGAAGCUGGGGCUGCUCUGCGUGGUCGGGACCGUAGUGGCCGUGGCGCGGGCGCGUCACCAGCGUAAGAAAGGACGGGGGGAGUAGCUAGUAAGCAUAUUGCGCUUGCGUGUUAAGAGCUCUGCCUCUGAACCGACAAAGCCCUAAGACCUCGACGUCAGUAGGUGUGGCGGCGGGUGAGCCAGUAGGGAGCGUCUCUUGCGCGAGGUUUGGGACGCGGGAGUCGUUGGGCACGUGAUCGCGUGGGUGGGCGUCUGGUUGUCCGCGACGGCCAGCGAACGUCUUAUCACAUUGCGACCUAUGCUGUUCCUCCUGGCGUUACGGGUCUUCCGACUUCAAGGCAUUCGCGUCGCUUCUGAAAGCGUCGCGCCCCCUGCUGGUCGUGGUCGUCUAUCUCUGUCGGCUCGCUGGGCGAGCAGGAUAGUGGUUAGUAAAAAGUGAGAAGCGGAAGGCCUAGCGGGGGUCGCGGUCUGUCGCAGGAGAUCGAGGGGUCUUUUUGUAGUUCAGAUUUGCGCCUCGCUUGCAUCGGCCGUCUCUCUCACUCGUAAGAGCGCGAGCAGCGGCCCAGUAGAGAAGCGGGAAAAACAACCCACAAGGCGAAGAAGAGCAGGAAGAAAAGAGGGGAACCCAGUAAGGGCUUAGCUAGAAAACUAAAACAGUGACGGAUGGCUGAUUGCGCGUCGCUUCGACGGUGUGGCCAGUCCGUCAGUCUACGUGGUGAGUGUCGCGGCUGCUGCCUCUAUUUGUUGUUGCUUCGUGUUCUGGCCCUCGGUUUAAAUGAAACGACUCCGACCACCCACAAAACACAGAACAUAGGGGGGAAUCGUCCGCCACGCAGUCAGGCCAAUACGCACUAUAACUAGUGGCCCUCUGCCUCUUCUUCUCUUUCUAUGUUCCGCUGAUGGUGUGGCUAAGUGAUGCUGGGUGAUGCUGUUUGAGUGUUGCGAUUUAUUUAAUUUAGGUCAAGUCUAGACUCUUCUAGCUCCUUCGUAGUAGCGUAUGUUCUUGCUUGUUUGACGCGGAUCCGAGUUCGACCAUAUAGCAUGCAGGCCUCCUCUACCAUAUAGCGGUAGACAUCUGAAACCGAGAAGAACGCUGG